AUGUUUCGACGCAACGGCAAGCCGGUCUCCUGCGAGCCCUGCCGGGUGUCCAAGAUUCGCUGUGAUCAUCAACGCCCGAUUUGCGGCCGAUGCCAGACCCGCCAGAAGGAGUCCCAGUGCUUCUACCAUCCCGCGCCUCUGACCCGCGCGCACAGAAACCCUGGCCCUAGGCCAUCGAGACGAACCCGCGCGACAGUAUCGUCGAGUCCAGCCGGACACACCCCGGUGACCACCAGGGACGAUGAGAUCCCCCAGACCCCGGGCUAUCUGGGGUCCACCAGCUUUGUAUCCGCCUUUCCCCGACCAGAACUCUUGUUCCCCAGCGACGUGGCCAGUGUGCCCUCCCUCUCCUUGCCCUCGGAGUUUUGCUCCGCCCAGGUCUCCUACGCCCACUCCCAAUUGCUCGAGCUGAUUUCCUCCUUUACGGAGUACCAGAACCUGGUCGUCAACUACUAUCAGCGCGGUCAGUUCUCAAUCGUCCCGCGCAACCUCGUACUGAACCCGCUGUUCAAGACCGGGUCCUACCUGGAGAAGUGGAAGCAUAACCGGAGCGGUGCCCGGCAGGAGACCUUGAUUGAGGAUCUGUCGAGGAUGUCAUCGACGCGCCUUCCCAUUCCUUCCGUAGAUGCGACAGUUGAAGACCUUUGCGCCUCGUUUUCCGGUUCGUCCCUCCGAUGGGAGUUCGUCGGCAUUAUCUUCGCAUUCGCAGGGCUGGCUGCCUCGUAUCCCGAAGCCGGGGAACCAUACCAGAGUGGCGAGUUUGCGACGGAGAUGUUUGCAGCAAGCAAGACCUGCAUCGAAAUUUGCGAGCAAUGCAGCCAGUUAAAUGACCUAUCCAUCUGGCUGCGCUAUUUGACCGUGGCUCUGGCGUCCAAUCUGUUUGGCGACACCAGUAAUCUCGUCUAUCGAUGCUUGAGUGACCUAGUGUGCCAGAUAUUCGCCAUGGGCCUUCAUCGCCAGUCUUCACUGCAGGAAAGAGUGCCAUUCUUCCUAUCCGAGACGCGCAAGCGAAUUUUUGCGGCCACCUUCACCAGAGAUAAGAACCUGGCAACAUACUUGGGGAGACCACCCUUGAUCGAUUCGCACUUUUGUGAUUUGUUGCUGCCCCUGGAUCUGGACGACGACGAACUCACCGAACCGGGAAAUAUUCCUGGACCGCAGGGAAACAGCCUCGACAGUGAUGGCUGGAAGACCAAUGAAUUUAGUCUCGUACGAUCACUACGUUCAGUCACCGGGCUUCGUCUCAGAUGCGGUAUGGCCAUUCUUCGAGAGAAGGUCCUGCGAUUAUCACUGGGGAACAGGGGAACAGAUCAAGAGGCCCACCUUCCUGGCAUUGUGGAGGAUUACCAGAAGGCCUGGGAGGCUGUGCCACAGCAAUACCGUUACGAUAAUGAUGCCUGGAACCGACUCGAUCCACACAGCUGGGUGGUCUGCUUGAUCGUGUACCUGGACCAUUGCUAUACGGGUUAUCAGUUACAUCGAAUGCGCCUGCGGCAGAAUGAAGACAGUCGGGGGCCAUUCCUAGAGGCAGCAACAAAACUACUUGCGGCGAUGAACGACUUUGCACGACGUCAAGCGCAGACCAUAGCUUUACAGAGGAGGUACAUGUGGGUGUUCCUCUUUUAUGGUCUUCCGGGGGCCGGGAGUCUCGUUUCCGAGCUGCACCGAUGCAGUACCGCCGACAUUCCAUUCCCUGUCCCGGAAAGCCGACCUAGGAUCAUUCGCGACUUGAGCGUCCUGAUCUCCUGGCUUGAAGGCUCCGUCUUUCCGAAUCGACCCGAGUACCGGACCUGCUUGGUGAUUAGUGCCCUCAUCAGCAAGCUGCUCGAUGAAGUCUUACUCGGUCCACAAAUGACAUUGACCGUCGACGAGCAGACGGGUUCAGACUUCAGCAUUGCGGCGGGUCGACGUGCCAGGCGCACUGCGAAUCCUGCGGCCUCUCCUUUCAGUGGGGUUACUGACUCGCAAUCAUCCCAACUGGUGGCCUCUUCAUUUCCGACUAUGACCACCGGUCCCGACCCUCUUCAUGGAGAGACAGUCGAUACAGGGUUUCCUCCGGACCUUGCCGAUAUUGUAUCCUCCGAGGAUUGUGUGAACUGGUUGGAUGGAUUCUCCUGGGAUAGCCACCCCUGGGGAGAGGGCUGGCCCUUAUUUCCCGACAAGUCAUAA